AUGAAAUUAUUAAUGUUAUUUAAUAUUUUUUUUAUAACAAUUUUUUCUAUUUUAAAAUGUCAGACCAAUAAUAGUAUUAUAAAUGAAGGUAAUGAAGAGUUUAUUGAUGUAUCAAAAGCUAAUAUUAAUCCUUAUAAAGAUAAAAUAGAAAAAGAGUUAUUUCCACCUUAUAUACGAUGUGAGACUUUAGGAACAGUAUCUGAUAUGUUUUUUUAUAAUACUACAUUUAUGAAUUGUGCACCAACCCAAUGGACAUGUAUAUAUGAUGAUCUAAUAUUAUUAGCAAAUAAAACGAUGGCUCAUUGUUAUAAUAGAAGAAAUUUUGGUGUUGCAUGUUUGUAUGGUGGUUUUAGACCAAUGUCUAGAUGUAGAAAUGAUAAUAAAAAAUGUGGAAUAAAUUAUUUUAAUUGUAAAGAAAAAAAACCAAGAAAUAUUGUGGAAUAUUCUGAUAAUUUCUUAUUUAAAUUAGGAGAAGCAGUUAAAUCAAAAAAUAUAUCUAUUGAAGAAAAUUUGUUAGAAAAAAUUAAAGAAGCUGAUAAUAGAAGAAUAUCUAAUAAUAUCACUGAUAUAGAAGAUUAUCAAGAAAAUACAAUUAUUGUUGAUGAUAAUUUUCUAUUAGAAAAUGAUGAGAUUUUUGACUAUAAUGUUACGGAAGAAAAACUUUUUACACAAAUUGUUUCUUCUACAGAGGAUGUUAUAGCUACUACAACAUACACAUUACUUAGUAGCACUUCAACAUUAUCUAAUUCAGUAUUUGAUAAAAUAAAAGAUAAUAAUAUAACAUAUAAUGAAUUUAAUAAUACAUAUAAUGAAUUUUCAAAAACAUUAACUUUAAAAAAUAAUUCAUCAGAUGAUGUCAUCCAAAAUAAUAUAAUUUCUGAUAAAAAAAAUUAUACUGAAACAAUCAAAGAAAUUAAUUUAGAAAAAAAUAAUGGUGUUCAACAAAAUAAAAUAAACACAUCUACACAAAAUUAUCAAAUAUUUAUGGAUAUUAAUAAUUUUUUAAAUAAUCCUAUCAAAAAUACAACAAUUUUAUUUUUAUGUAUAAUUAUUAUUAUUAUAUUUAUUUUUAUUUGUUGUAAAAUGUGUGGAAAAGCAACUUAUGUAUAUGAAGUUGCAGAACAUCAAAGAUUAAUGGAUAUUAAUGUUAAUUCAACAACAUUUAAAAAUGAAACAUUUAAUCCUAGUUAUCAUAAUAGAAGAAAAAAUUGA